AGGAAGCGGCCCUUCCAGCGCAGCUCGCGGAGGCGCUGUGCAGUCUGUCCCCCGCACGCGCACGUGGUGCCCGCGUCCCGCUCCCCAGCGCCUGCCGCGAAGAUGUCGCACCCAUCCCCGACAGCCAAGCCCUCCAACCCCAAGAACCCGCGGGUCUUCUUUGACGUGGACAUCGGCGGGGAGCGAGUUGGCAGAAUUGUUUUAGAAUUAUUUGCGGAUAUUGUGCCCAAAACUGCAGAAAAUUUUCGUGCAUUGUGUACAGGAGAAAAAGGCACUGGAUCCACAACUGGGAAACCUCUCCAUUUUAAAGGAUGCCCCUUUCACCGAAUUAUUAAGAAGUUUAUGAUUCAGGGUGGAGACUUCUCAAAUCAAAAUGGGACUGGUGGAGAAAGUAUAUAUGGUGAAAAAUUUGAAGAUGAAAAUUUUCAUUAUAAGCAUGAUCGAGAGGGUUUGCUGAGCAUGGCAAAUGCAGGCCCCAAUACAAACGGUUCUCAGUUCUUUAUCACAACAGUUCCAACUCCUCAUUUGGAUGGGAAACAUGUGAUAUUUGGUCAAGUCAUUAAAGGACUAGGUGUGGCAAGGAUGCUUGAAAAUGUGGAAGUGAAUGGCGAAAAACCUGCCAAACUGUGUGUUAUUGCAGACUGUGGAGAAUUGAAAGAAGGGGAUGACUGGGGAAUAUUCCCCAGAGAUGGAUCUGGUGACAGUCAUCCAGAUUUCCCCGAGGAUGCAGAUAUAGACCUCAAAGAUGUAGAUAAAAUUUUAUUAAUAUCUGAAGACUUAAAAAACAUUGGAAAUACUUUUUUCAAAUCUCAGAACUGGGAGAUGGCUGUUAAAAAAUAUGCAAAGGUUUUAAGAUACGUGGACAGUUCAAAGGCUGUGAUUGAGAAAGCAGAUACAGCCAGACUACAACCUAUAGCCUUAAGCUGUGUACUGAAUAUUGGUGCUUGUAAAUUGAAGAUGUCAAAUUGGCAGGGAGCAAUUGACAGUUGUUUGGAGGCUCUUGAAAUGGACCCAUCAAAUACCAAAGCACUAUACCGCAAAGCACAAGGAUGGCAAGGAUUAAAAGAAUAUGAUCAAGCAUUGGCUGAUCUUAAGAAGGCGCAGGAGAUAGCCCCAGGAGAUAAAGCUAUCCAGGCAGAGUUGCUUAAAGUCAAACAAAUGAUAAAGGCACAGAAAGAUAAAGAGAAGGCGGUGUAUGCAAAAAUGUUUGCUUAAAAAGAAUUAAACUUUGCUUAAAUAUUAUACAUUGAUUAUAUAAAGAUAACGUAAGUUACUGUCUACAUAUGAUCCCUGAUAUGUUUCUCUUGAUUUUUUGUCAUCAUUGUUUACGUAGAAGUACUGACAUAGGUUUCUUCUUAAUAAAGUGUUACAACAUGCAA